AUGGCCGCAAACGUCCCCAAGCACGGACAGAAGCUCAAGCAGCUGUUCAGGGGCGUCAAAGAUCUAGAUAAGCAGCGUGUCCGCGUGUUCGAUGCGCGGGGACAGACACUUGGAUCCCUGGCUUCGCGAUUAGCCGUCGUCCUCCAGGGCAAGGACAAGCCCACUUACAGCCCCACGGCAGACACCGGCGACGUUUGCGUGGUCCUCAAUUCCAAGCACGUCGAGCUCACGAACCGCAAGUGGGUCCAGAAGACGUACUGGAGCCACACGGGGCGCCCCGGGAGCCGGCAGGAGUGGACGGCGCUCGAGCAGUGGAAGCGCGACCCGAACGACAUCGUCGAGCGCGCGGUGUACAACAUGCUGCCCCGCAACACCACCAGGGACCGUCGCAUGCGCAAACUGUGCGUGCUGGCCGGCGACGAACUCGGCACCGUCGCGAAGGCGCCGAACCUGGUCGUGGAGCCGCCGCUGCGCCGGAACCUCGCAGGACAGGGUCUGGUGCCGGAGAACCCGGUGAGCAACCGCAGGACGGCGUUUGCGUGGGCGAGCAACCACAAGGCGGGGGCGCGGAAGCGGGAGUGGUGGCCUGAGGAGACGCAUGCAUACAAGCGGCAGUGGCGGGAGGAGUGGGAGCGGGAGCAGGCGCAGAAGGGGAGUAAGAAGGACUUCCGGGAGUCGGUCACUGUCUCCAAGUCGUGGAGCUGA